AUGACCUUGACAUACUUUGAUGCACUUCCUCGCUCUUACGUUGAUGUUGAUACAUCAAAGGGUGUUGAUACGCAACAAUUCUUAGAGGCUACCGAAGGUGUCGUCAAACUGUUCGACUUACUAGGGUCAACCGCUUUUGCAGCCGUCCAAAAAGAUAUGAAUGGCAAUAUUAAGAAAAUUAGAGAUCGCCUUUUAGCUAACCCUGCCGCUAAUGCCAAUUUGCAAGAUUUAUUGGCAAACGAGAGCUCAGAGAAAAAGAGAGUUGCUACAGAGGGAUUAUUAUGGUUAACAAGUCUUAACAAUACUUCAGAAGAAUUGAAUGUCUCAUUCACGAAGGCUUACGAGGAAACACUAAAAAAGCAUCACAACAUGUUUGUUCGUCCAGUUUUCGCCCUUGCCAUGAAGGCCUGCCCAUACCGACAAGCCUUCUACGAAAAACUUGGCGUUGUAACUGAAGCUGCUAGAGAACAAAUGGAAACUUGGCUCAAAGCUCUUGAAAGCAUCAUUACUAUCAUCCAAAAGGUUUUUGAAGAAAACCCUGCCUACAUUAAGGGUAUGUGA